AUGACACAUAACUCCACAACCACGUUAAAUGGUGUCACACCACUAAUGGUUGCAGCGAGGGGAGGACAUGAAGAAUGUGUUCGGAUGUUGCUUGAUAACGACGCAGACAUAGAGAUAACAGAUAACGAAGGAUGGACAGUCCUCCAUCAUGCAGCAGCAAGUGGGAAUGUAGCAGUUGUGAAUUAUCUACUGGAUCAGAAAGACCUAUUGUGCUCAAGACGUUCAAGAAGAGGCCAUUCACCUUUAGAUGUUGCAUUGCGAUCAGGAAAAACUGGAACUGCACGGAUUCUCCUUGAUAAGAUAAAACAUGACACAUCGGUAAUACACCAGAGCGAUCGUGAAGGAUUUACACCUCUUCACAUUGCUAUUGAAACUGGAUUAACAUCAAUCGUUGAAGAGUUGAUUUCUCUCGGUGCUGAUUUAAACCAGGCAUCAAACGAUGGCAAGACACCAUUACAUACUGCUAUCAAACUAUGUAACUGUAAGAAGAGACAAGUUGAAAUGACACCAGCUUUAGACCAGAUACAGCAAGAGAGUGAUGACACCCUAUCACCGCCAGAAGCUUUGAUACAACUCCUAGUAAAUCAAGGAUCUAAGAAAGGCAUCAAGGAUAAAGGCGGGUAUUUUCCAGUGCAGUACGCCAAGGAUGAGCACAUUAAGCAAAUGGCAUUCUAUAGGUGA